UUGGGACGCGUUUGAUUCUCUGUCCUUUUCUUUCCUCUCUUUCUCUUUUUCUCUCGCUUUUUCCUUGUUACUCUUCCGUAUUUUAGCCUCACGUUUCUACAAUUUAAAUUAUAAAAUACUAAUUAAUUGUAGAGGUUUACCAUUACAAAUAAUUGGUGACAUCGUGAUUGAACAUGGCAAUAAUCAAAUGGAAGUUAAUGAUGGAAAUCUCACUAUAGAUCAUGUACAAAAACCGAGACAAAUGAUUGAAGUUAGGUUGAAUAAAGCGCCAAAAACUUCUGCAGAACGUGGUCGAGAAUUCAGAGCACGAAAAGCACUGCUUAAACAACAAUGUAAGCAACAACAGGAACCAGAUGCAAUAGUUGAAAUUGCUAAUGAUACCUCGAAUAUAGUAACUUCGAACAUGGACAUUCUAUUACGACAUAUUCGUGAAGUUGAUAUUUUUCAGUCAUCAAUUGGUGAUAUAUGUGCUGCUCACUGUGUUUUGGACGAUGGAACAAACAUCAUAAUGGUAGUUGUUUACAUUUCGCCCAAUAACACAGUUAAUAAUAUCAUAAAGUUUAUAUACAGAAGACUUAUGAUUUAUGGUCGAGUAGGUUCUGAAGAACUAGGAGAAAACUAUCAUACGUUGCCACUAAUCUUAGCAGGAGAUUUCAAUAUCAAUUUCAUCCGAAGAUGGACAACUCUUGAUAAACUUUCUACGAGAUAAAUUAGAAUUACAAAUGAAUAAUGACCGUAAUGAGCCAACUACAAGACAUGGACCAACAAUCGAUGCAGUUUUUUCUAGAUUUCGGUCUAAUUUUAAUUCUAAAAUAUAUGUAUCG